UUACAAUAAGCAUGAUACUCUCUUGUUAAUUAUGCACCGCUAAAUGACAUUCUACAUGUGUCAAUUUCAAUCCUUCUUAUCUACCCUUGUUGUGUCAGACUGGCAGACAGCACCGUGCCAAUGGAUACAGGCUGGUGACAAGUAUUAUUUUUAGACCUGGCAAAAAAUAUAUUUUAAAAGAAGUGGGCGUCUUUUCUGCUGAUACUGCUGCAACUGAAUAUGACGUCUAUAGGUAGCCUACACACCCUGGGUCAGGAUACACUUUUCCCCCACGAAAAAUAGUUUUACAGCUAUAGUUAUUGGUCCUGUACUUAGUGUCAACUGUCAAGGGAUGACACAUUUUGAAACCCUGGAUGCCGUUCUUUCUAUUUCAAGAUUACGCUGAGCACAAAAUCUCUGAGCAAGUUCUCCAACUUGGAAUGUCAUCAACGUUGCUCUGCGGAGUGCCGAUAAGAAGCCAUUGAAAAUAGAUGAGAAGAACCUGCUACAAUGGAUACAAUGGAAACGGUGGAAUGUAUCAGGAUAGAUCCAGAUACUCUGACAAUGCUAGAGGAUGAUGUGGACAUCACAGAGGGAGUCUGCCAAAUCAAUGACGAGGUUGAGGAUCUCCGCAACAGUUUGCGGUUGGCGGUUCAGGAUGAGGCGGUGCGUCCCAAGAUGCAGUGCUUAAUGAUGGACCCCUCCUUCUCCAUGGUUACUGUGCAGGGCGAGGACAGCGGCAUCCAAUGGGAGACCAGCUCCAGCCGCUGCACCACCCCUUGGGGUUCCGAAGCUGAACCCACCCCUACCAUCGCCUCGGAAUUCUGCUUUCCCAUUAAUGAAAGGUCUGUUUCACCUGGAUUAGGAUCUGGAACAGCAGGUAAAAUAACCUUUGUCAUGGAUGAGGCAAUGAUGGUGAGGAGGCCAAGGAUGAAAAUAAGUUGUGGAGGAGGACACAGGAGCCGGGCUGACAGACGGGGACAGACUCCUCUGCCCGCAGGUGAUGAUUUAGGUGAGUUGGUUGAGAAGCCAGAGCUAGUUGAGGUCUCCCUGCCCAAUGUGAGGGCAGAGGGAGAUGGGGAGGAGGAGGAAACAACAGAUCCCAAAGAGGAGAAGAAGCAGAGUUUGUUCCGCCUGGUGUCAGAAGGCUCAGAGAUCCUGAACAUCAUGGUUCCUCCCAGGCUGGUGAGCAUUGACGAGGAGGAGAGCCAAGUCAUGGUGGACAACCUGUCUUACCUGGAGGAAUCCACCUUCACCAAACCCAGUAACGAAAUCAUAGAAGAGGUUUUUGAGGAGGACACCGCACCAUCAGUGGGGGGUGGAGAUCAAACGGUGGAACACACUGACUCCUCCCAUCUCACCAGGCCUGAUCAGACUGACCCUCCUGGGGCUCCGGUGGCAAAGCAGCCCAGACGAGGAGCCACCAGUGACAUGGACUACUUUGAGACAUUUACUCAGAUGGAUGAGCCUGCUCCAGGAGGCCCCACCAUGAUUGAAGAAGGACAGAAGGAGGAGGAAGCAGACUGUGGAGAGGAAAACCAGCAGGUGAGUGAGGAGCCGGAACAGCUCCAAGAUGCCGCACCUGUGACCGAAGUCCUGGGAGGUUCCAACACAGGCGUUAGCGGAGAAGAAAUCUCCAGUGACCAUCUAGAUGAGGUGUUCUACGGCGGUAUGGACAAUAUGCCUUCUAAGAACUAUCUGGAAGUAGAGGAGGGCGCAGUAGACAAGUCACCCAAGUCCCCCCUGAAGGAGAGUGGAUCGGCCCUCUUCGGCAGCGAGGAAACCGUCCUCACCCCCAUCUUCCUCCCCUCAGGACCCCCCAAAAUCAUCAACCCCACUCUGCUAGAAGAGCCUACGGCCAUGGCCUUCCUUUACACAGACCUGUAUGAAGAGGCAGUGGGCAGCAGGGAAGGAGUGAAGGAGGAAGACACUGAGAGUAUGACCUCCGAAAGGUCCUUCCACAGCAGACACUCAGACCGGGAGGCCAGGGGGUACCUGGAGAAGUUUGUCCUGAAGGACGAGACUCCCAUGGUGGAGCUGGAAGGGGAACCGGCAGUAGAGGAAGGCUUCAGAACUUGGGCACAGGAACUGUACACGCUGGACAGCUUUCUCUCCCACCCUGAUGAUAGAGAGUUAGAAGGGGAGAUCCAGGAGUCUGAGCAUGACAUGACAGAUUUUUUCCGGACGAACGCGAGUUCCUCUCCAUCUGAUGAUCGGUACAUCCCAUCACUGGAUAAAGAAAAGAACUAUGCAGAACCUGUGAAGGAGGACAAACAUGUUAAGGCAGACAAUGUUUUAAAGACGGUGCAGGAAGCACCUCAGCUUCAAGUGGUUAAAGAAGGGAAAACCACAGAGGAGGAGAACAAGAGUCAGGGCGUUGUCACAGAUUUAAAUGAUCCACCACUUUCUGACCCCGAGUCUUUCUCUGAGAGGGCUGGUGGGGGGAGUGUCACUGAGCCCCCCACAGACAAAGACCUCUCAUACAAACAUGAUGCUCCCACAGUGGAACUACAAAAACUCCCACCUCUGAGUGACAGUGGCACAAAUCAGAAAGCUCCAAAGCCAGUAGCCCCCCCUAGAAGGAAGCCAACUGCACCUCACAAGAGCUCUCUGAAACUAGCGCCACUGGCUCGAGCCCAGACCCCAGUUGAGAUCCUAGAGGGAGGAGGAGAUAGAGGGAAGGAAGAGAGGGAGGAGGAGAAAGAGAAGGCUUCACCAGCUGAGACUGCUGAUGAAGGAGAGGGGGAUGGAGAGACAGGACAGAGGGAGGAGGAGAAAGAUAUGACAACACCAGUUGACGGCUCAUCCUCAUUUUACCAAUCCCAGAUUACGCUGCUCUCAAGUAUAGCUACUGAACCAGUAAAAGCAGAGGAUAAAAAGACUGAAUUGGCUGAAGGAAACACAGAACCACCUCAGGCUGAGGAGAGUGACAGCCCCAAGCCAGAGGCUGACCCGGUAUUGACAGGACAGGACAGUAAAACAGAACCAGCUAAAGGAGAGGCUGAACCAGCUGAGUCAGCCAAGCUAGAAGUUGAACCUACAACAGGACCUAGCCAGACCACUCCUUCCGUUCCUGCCCCAGUGAAUGACCCAGCCAAAGUUGGCGGCGGAUGCAUCAUCCUUUAGCCUUAUUGGCUUUAUGCUGCAGCAAUUUGAAACUGAGAGGUCAAAUGAUGAAUUGAAGUAAAAAUUACAGAACUUCAUAUUUUCUUCUCAA